CGGGGAGCUGAGAGGCUGAGGGGCUGCGAGAAGCGCCUUCCCCCACCCCCGGCCGCUCGCUCUUGCCUUGUCGCACACACGGGAAAGACCAUGGAGAAGAAGCCACCGAUGCUGCUGCUGCUGCUGCUGCUGGUCCCGGGGGGGCCGGCAUGGGCCGCGAAGGAGAAGUGUCUCACCAAGAAGUACACCAUCAGCGGGGAGUGCUGCAAAGCCUGCAACCUGGGAGAAGGGGUAGCGCAGCCCUGUGGGGUGAAUCAGACAGUCUGUGAGCCAUGCCUGGACAGCGUGACCUACUCGGACACCGUCAGCGCCACGGAGGCGUGCAAGCCGUGCACAGAGUGCGUGGGCCUGCAGAGCAUGUCGGCUCCCUGCGUGGAGUCGGACGACGCCGUCUGCAAAUGCGUCUACGGCUACUACCAGGACGAGAGGAGCGGCCAGUGCAAGGAAUGCGACAUCUGCGAGGUGGGCUUUGGGCUGAUGUUCCCGUGCAGGGACACUCAGAACACGGUCUGCGAGGAGUGCCCCGACGGGACCUUCUCCGACGAAGCCAACCACAUGGACCCCUGCUUGCCCUGCACCAUCUGCGAGGAGAACGAGGUCAUGAUCAAGGAGUGCACCCCGCUAUCCGAUGCCGAGUGCAGAGAUCUUCACCCGCGCUGGACGCCUCGGACCCCAACCCUGAUGGGGUCUGACAGCCCCAUGCCUUUCACCAAAGACCCAUACGAUACCGACGGCAUCGCCAGCACCCUCGCAGAUACAGUCACCACCGUCCUGGGUAGCUCCCAGCCAGUCGUGAGCCGCGGCACUGCGGAUAACCUCAUCCCUGUCUACUGCUCCAUCCUGGCAGCCGUGGUGGUGGGGCUAGUGGCCUACAUUGCUUUCAAAAGGUGGAACAGCUGCAAACAGAACAAACAGGGCGCCAACAACCGCCCUGUCAACCAGACCCCCUCUCCGGAAGGAGAGAAGCUUCACAGCGACAGCGGGAUCUCCGUGGACAGCCAGAGCCUUCACGACCAACAGCCACCGACACAGACCGCACAGGUGCAGGCUCUGAAAGGAGACGGGAAUCUCUACACCAGCCUGCCGCCGAACAAGCAAGAGGAGGUGGAGAAGCUGCUGAACAGCUCCCCGGAGGACACCUGGCGUCACCUGGCGGGGGAGCUGGGCUACAAGGAGGAUCACAUAGACUCCUUCACGCAGCAGGAGUGCCCUGUCCGGGCCCUGCUCUCCGACUGGUCCAGCAAGGACAGCGCCACCAUGGACGCCCUUUAUUCCGCCCUGCGCCGAAUCCAGCGGGGAGACAUUGUGGAGAGCUUGUACAGCGAGUCGACCGCCACGUCGCCGGUGUGAAGGGAGGGGCGGGAGAGGCGCUCCCCAGCCAGCCCCUCUGCGACCCCACGGAGAUACCAGCCGGCGAGAAGAUGUGAAGGAAAUGGGGUUCCCGCCCGGGCCCCCCGCUAUUUACGAACAACCCCGUAUGCACUGACCUCUUAUUUUCAGUAUUGUCUCCUUUUUUCCAUCCCCCUUUCCCCCGGCGGACUGGCCGAUGCUAAAGCAGGAGGGAUAGAGCCCAGGCCACCGGGGGCUGUGGCCUCCUUCAGUCUUGCUGGGACCUAGGAGUGCUUGACGGCUUCGGAGUGUCCUGUGUGAGCAGAACAAUCUCUUGUGCACCCCCAUCCAACCCCAACAACACGUCUCCAGUAGCUGCAACAAUGACCGCGUUUGCUCUCACUCAGGUCUCUCCUCUUUCUUUCUCUGUCUGCUUCGUUCCCCCUCUUCCACUCCCCCUCUUCGGAUCUUCCUCUGCCCCCCACAAUAUCCACCCCCUUCUGUUUGCCCCCGGUCACCAGUUGCUCUCCCUUUGAAUUGCAUCUGCCAAGCCAGGAAGGACGGACCUGGCUGAAUUCAGAGAGAACUGGCUGGAUUUCAGGGCUAACGUUUGAGUGAGGAUGUUAUUAGCAGGGCAUUGGGCUGGAGGGUGGGGAGCAGAGGGAUGUAAUUACAAAGAGCUACCCAAGGAUGCAGCAUGGGGGGAAAAGGGCUUCUGACACAUUUGUGCCUCUGCACUGUCCUUGGGAGUGGGUGAGGGGUGAGAGGACUUUGUUUCUAGCAGGCACAAUCUAUACUGUGAAUCAUGAAACAUACAGCGUGCGCGUUGGCAAGAGAUCCACAUGCCUCCGUGACACGCACAUGCCUCAGGCUUGGAAGAGUUUGCCUUGGUCAUUAGCAGCCAAGCUGCCUGACACGUUAAGAAACAAUCUAGUUACCUAUAGAAUAAUGUCAUUUGCCUGCCUUGGGUGCUCAGCGGUCAAUCGCCAGCACCUUCCCAGGCACUGAGCUCUCCUGGGCAGACGUCACCCUUGUUAGAGCCACCAAAUUCCAGUGGAGAAUAGCAAACCGCUAACGGUGCCUGGGAAAGCAGAAAACAAUUGCCAGCCGCCACGCUGCAAGUCAGCCAUCAAUCCUGGUGCUGCCAUGGAGAGCUGGAGCAGCUGCUGUCAUCCCAGACCUCUCCCGUAUUGCACCGGUGAGACACUAGGAGACAGGCUCUGUGCCCUUCCUCGGACCAGUGAGCCACCCACUAUGGGCUACAAUGUAAUCACGCUGCUGCAUUAGCGGCCGACGAGCAAGGGGAAAGUGAGGCUGGGCGACCUUAGUGAUGGAGUCGAUUCUAUCCUAUAUGGGUUCUUAGAGCAUGAACAGUACCGUAGGAUCUGAGCUGGUACGGAUGAGGCUUGAAAGGGUCGGAGGGUGAUUUGGAAAAGUGCCCAGAAGCUCAGCUGGCUUCACUGUAUUAUCUGAACCUCUCGGUCUUGGCAAAGCUGGAAACAUCCCAAGAACAGGCUCCUUUGGGUAGGUUGAGGCUUCCAGGGAAGACCCAGGAGGUGGAGAGGCAGCUGCAGCAACCUUUCUAAAGGAACAGGGGGGCAGGGAGGGUGUUCAAUGGAGUUUUUCCCAGGCUCGGAAAUGGGUUUGGGUGAACGCUGGUGUUGGGGAGUGAGGGGGGUGGAUCUUGCUCCUUCCAAACCAGCUGGGCCCAGUCCUCAGUUAGAAAUUCCUUCUUUGAAGAAGACACUAGAAAGCAGCAAAUCAUAGGACUCAGCUGUUUCCCGCCCGUGCCUGAGAUGUAUUCCUAGGAGAGGGGAGUUCUAAUGGAGCCCAGGCAGCCAAGUGGUAUGAGUGGCUUAGCCCUGUCCAUAGGGUUCCCUUUCAUAUAACACUCCUGAUGGGAAGGGUGACUUGAAAAAUGCCUUUCCUUCUCCUGAAGGGCUCCCACACCUGUCGACAGCCAUCAGGAAGUCAAGGGUACUAUGCAAAGUGCUCUAGCCCUUAAGAGGUUUGGCAGACCUCUCCCAGAGCUGCGGCACUUCCCUGCUUUGCAAGCUUCCUCCUCCUUGCCCGAGUGGAAGGUCUACCUCCUGGACGCAUCGGACUCCUAGUAUGGCUGGUAGGUGACGGGAAAUGACAGCACGGGAGCGAUAAUAAUAUACAGGACAGUACUGGUAAUCAUACCUCACUCCAGAUUUGGGUGGAUGACUCCUGGACUGCAGCAUUCCAACAUCUGCAGACCAACAGUAAAGUUUCUCGAGGGGUGUCCAGCAGCUACAAAUGAGGUGUCCCUGCAAGAGGCCCUCAGGUGGAAGAACUCUUAAGUUACCAACCAUCUGUGGAGCAAGGAGGCAGGAAAAUACAGAAUGUGAAUGAGAUUGUAGAACUUGCAUCUGUUGUAAUCAGCCCAACCAGAGAGGAACGGUUACUUACACUUCAGAUCACACCUGGGAGCGUUAGAAGCUGGAGACAGGAGGUCAUUCUUGGGUUGGCUCCUUUUGAGGGACCAAUAACUGGUAGCAAAAGUUUUGAUGACGUAGAAAAUUGUUUCACAGCACUUUGAUCUUCGGAGAGGGCCAGAUUCUAUUUGCUCCCACUGAAUAGCUUCUUGCGUCCCCAGGAACUCCCCGACGAUGAAGACUCAUUGAAUAAGGGGCUAUUCAAACCCAGCUGGCCAGGGAAUGAUUUUUCCCAUCCCAUGAAAGUGUUCAAGUUAUUGAAACAUGUUCUCAUUCCAAAUUGAGAGGAAAAGUCUAAAUGGCAAUGUUUUUCGCACAUCAAAAAAUCUGGCAAAAGAAAUUCAGAUCAGGUCAAAAUAUUUUGUUUCAAUAAUUUUGAAGCAUGUUUUAAUUUUGACCAUUUUAAGGGUUUUUUUGGGGGGGGAGGAUACUAGAAUUAGCUUAAAAAUUUAAGUGAAAAGCCACUUUGAACUGGAAAACUAUGAUUUUUCAUGUAGAAAAUGUCAAAAUAAAAGAUUGACAAUUUUGAACCACCACCACCACCCUCCCACUGCCCCAAAAAAAUGGUGGGUAGAAAACUUUAGUUCCUUUUCUGCAAAAAAAAAAAGUUUCAAUUUCAAAGAAUCAGCAUUUUCCAAUGGACAAAAAUGUUUCUUUGGCAAAUUCCUGACCAGCUCUACUGUUCAGUGCAAGUACGAUUCCGGCCUCAAAUGUCUCCAGUUCUAGAAUAUUACCCUGCUUCUGCCCUCACAACACAGGAUCAAAUCUCAUUUGACUGGUAGCUAGUGAAGAAUUGUAGCAGAAAUGGCAGGGAGUCCCUCGCCCUGCCUCUUUUUAUGCCUCUGGUCUGGCAUCUUCCUCCAGCCCUCAAGCCAGUAAGUCCAUGUCAUAUAUCCGACGUGAGCUGCUAAUUCAUUAACAGCCGGAUUCUAGCCUUCUUGCGCAGACAGCUUUGCCUUGGAAAGCAAUGGGCGCGCUGUCGGAGGAAGGCGUUCAUGUUCAGGGCCUGCAGGAGCUGAGUGUUGGUGAUGUUCAUGAUUUCACAGACAAAAUGAAGUCUAUGGGCCACGAUCAGCUCUGCUCCAAAGGGGCCGAACUUGUCCCUGAAGAGGGAAAUCUGAGAGACUGAGCUACAUAAGUGAAGGACCUGCUCUUUGCCUCCCAGCUCCGCCAGAAAUCUUGUUAUUGAAUGAAGAAGGGGGGGGACGGACCUAAAUGAGACGACUAAGAAUUGUAAAUAAUAUUGUCUUGUUUUACUCACUGCUAAAUGUUUCUCAGUGUGAAGUGGAUUACAGUGCUGACGAGCAGGAGACCUUGGCUUUCUCCACAAGGCUUCUGCUCACCGCUGCCUUAGCAUGGGGUCUAGCUGUUACCCGUUCUUCCACAAAGCUAUAACUGACUGGCCUCUCAGCGUCUUCCUGACGGACGGCAUGGUGGCAAAGAUCCGUUUGCUCGCGGCUCUGCGCUGCAGGUUGAAUUUUACGUUACCAGCCUUGUAUUUGUUAUAAUAACCUUGAUUCUGGCCUUAAAGAGACGACAGAGGGAAAUUGACAUACGCACACUUUCUUUUUUUCACCAUGCUGCUGCUGAUGGCAGUGUUGAAAGGCUAUGCGAAACUGACGAAAGCGGAGAGAUUAGAUCCAGGAUGGAACCUCAGGUCAUUUUAAAGGGAUGAAAUGUUCAAAUGUACCCAUGGUUAUUAGAUGGCACCCAAAUCCCAUUGCAAGUCAACGGAAGUUGAGCACUUAACUUCUGUAAGUGCUUUGGAAAAUUUCACCCAUUGUGCUUUAAAAGAUUGGGGCGGGGGUGUUGCUAAGAAUUGAGCUUCUAGAAUGGGAUUUACAAAAAUGCCCAGCUACCUUCAUACCUUUGAUUGAUUUAGGAGUACAAGUCCUAUCAGCUUUCAGUGGGGCUUGAGCUUCAUGGUCACUGAAGAUGCUUUGGAAAACCCCACACCCAUGAUGACCAUAUGUAGGCAUGUAAUUAAAUGGCCUGAUUUAGGGUUGAGCACUCAGCAACUGAGGUCAGUGGGGAAAUGCGCACCUCUGAAAAUCAGGCCACUUAACCAGGUGCCAAACUAUGGACUUAGGAGCAGAUCAUUUAGGCCCCCGUUUCUGAAAAAUGUUGCCCGUUUAGAUGUACAUUUUUUUAAGUUUUAGAAAACUUAAUAUGAGUAGAAAUGUCCCAGAUAUUUUAAGAAAAAAAAAGACAAUGGAAAAAGGAAGGUUUUGAUCCAAUCCCUCCUGCUUCGGGGCUGAAAAUGUAAAUACAAUGGCCAAAGUUUUCAAAAGUGACUAGUGACUUCAGGUACCCAAGUGAGGACACCUUAAAAGGGGCUGAUUUUCAGAGGGUGGGUGGGAUUUCAGAGGGAAAAUCAGGCCCCUUUAAGGUGUCCCCAGAUAACAAGCCAUUUGCAGAACUCCUGGCCAGCAGCAUUAGGCUAAUGCAUGAGAAGCAAAAACUGAAACUUACCAGUCUAGGUCAAACUAUAAACAAGUGAUGAAAGACUAAAAAUAGUAAAAAAGCACAUUUGAAUCAGACAGAUUUUAUCUUUAGCAAUCUCUGUGGUACUAUUAGUAAUGCAGGCAAGGGAUUUUUUUUAAAAACUGUUAAUAGUGACCUUAUUACUCAUGUUUUUUGUAUGCAGGCACUGAAGCAUCAUAUAAGAGAUCAGGUAUUCUUCACAGAACCCAGUGGUGCUUAGAUAUUGUACAUGAAGUAACAGCUUUAAUUUUUGAGUUGCCUUAUAUAUGUGGAAGGUGAUCAUAGUCGUAACAUACCUGUGGUGUGUUUCAGACAAAAAUGCCUUGCAGAGAACUCUGAAAAGCAAAUGCAGACUCAUGUCUACGUUGUAGAGCUGGUUUAAAUUUUUCAAACUAUUGGUCCCACCAGAAAAUUAGGUUUUUCCUCAAAAAUGAAAGUUAUCACAGGAUAAUUUAGUUUUUCAUGAAAUUUUAUUUUCAUUUUCAAGGGAAAUUUCAGAACAAAAAUAUUCAUUUAGCUUCAUUUGAGAUGGCAAUUUUUGUUUCGAUUGUUGAAAACCGAAAUGAAUUGAAAAUUUCUAUCAUCAUCAAAGGGAACAUUUAUAUUUGAAUCAGAAUGAAAUGAAAAUUCUCAGGUUUUGUUUUAAAAUGUCCUGCAAAACAUUGAAACAAAACUUUAGCUGAAGAUUUUCAACCAGCUCCAAUAUUUUGGGUUAUCUCAAUUUUUUAAUCACACGGGAAACUUGCAUGAAAACAGGAUUAUCUUGGGGUUUUGGCUGGGAUUUGCAAAGUACACACUGUAAGUCAGUGGAAGACGUCUGCAGUACUUAUAUGGUUCCCAUUA